ACUUCCUUCCUGUUCCAGAUUCUCAUACCUCUUUUCUCUGUCCCCGCAUCAUUCCCCCAUCCGUCCCCCAUCCCUCCACUCAUCUCUCCACCAUCCCUCCCCCAUCCCUCCCCCGUCCUCUCCCCCGAUCCCCCCGCCGCUCCACCGCAGAUACUCCCCCGAGCUCUGCUUCCUGCUCACCAAGAUGCUCUCUAA